CCAGCCCGACCCCUAUUCUCAUGCAAAUCCCGCCCUAUAAAUACUAACAAGAGCCUUGGCACAAUAAAACGCGCACACAGCAGCAGGGCAGGGGCAUGCUCGCAGAGGAGAGAAGCUCCACCGAAAGCAACAUGGCUCCUUCUGCGCGGCUCGGCAAGGAGGAGGAGUGCAAAGCGGACAGAAAGGUGAGGAAACCUCUGGUGGAGAAGAAGAGGCGAGCUCGCAUCAACGAGAGUUUGCAGGAGCUGAGGGGUCUGCUGGAGGACUCGGACCAGCUGCACUCCAAGAUGGAGAACGCCGAGGUGCUGGAGAUGACGGUGAAGAAGGUGGAGGACAUCCUGAAGAACAGGUCGCAAGAAGCGGACACACUGAGCCAUGAAGCGAGCGAGAGGUUUGCAGCCGGCUACAUCCAAUGCAUGCACGAGGUGCACACCUUCGUGUCCACCUGUCCCGGCAUCGACGCAACGGUGGCGGCCGAGCUGCUCAACCACCUCCUGGAGUGCAUGCCCCUGAACGAGGACCACGUCCAGGACGUGCUGAGCGAUCUGAUCGCCGACACGUCCGGUAGCACGUGGCACGGCGGCGGAGACCCGCCGUGUUCCAUACUGGCCUCCCCCGGAGGACGGAGCGCGUCGAGCGGCUCGCCCUUCUCGCCGGCCCCUUCCAGCGCGUCCGGCGAGGACCUGUACUCCGACUUGGAGGACACCGACAGCGAGCACAACCAGAGCACCGCGGAAGCUUUGGAGAACAGGGAAGUUCUGGGCGUCCCCACAAUAACCUGCCCCAGGCCUAUGUGGAGACCAUGGUAGAGGUACCAUGGAUCAUUACCCUUAUGAGAGGAGACAUACCCCACCCCAAAAUGAACACUUAAUAAUCACCUACUCCUGCAAUGAAGUUCUUUCAUGGAAUUACGCCCGGACUUUAUGACUCUAUGAAGACACUGGGAUUACAUUCUUAUGAAAACCAAGGAAAAAUGUCUGCCUUUUUUUUUUUUUGGAUGACUUCCCUAAAAAGAGAGGAAUUUCCUUUCCUCAAGUAGCCUGAUCUUCCUCACAACUUCCCCACUAAGGACCGAGAAGGAAGAAAAACUUUUUUUUUUUAAUGUACUGUAAAUAGGAUUGGUAUUGGUACAAGAGAGCUCUUUUAGGAAAAAUAAAAAAAAAAGUCUAAGUUUGGCAGUGCCUCUGAUUAAUAUAAAUAUUUUUUAUCGUAUUUGGGAAAGAUUGUUAGUUUGUUUGUGCAGUAACCUCCUUUAGAAUGUUGUGGUGUUAUGAUGUGUAGUCGACUGAACUUGAUGAAUAAAAAG